ACAGGCGCGGGGCCGCGGACGGCCGGGGCGGCCCGGGGGGCGGCGGGCGAAGUUCGCCGGCGGUGCGCGGAGGUUUAUUUCCUUUAAGACUCCAAGCUUAAGCUUGGAGACCCCAGCCAUCACCAUUGAGCCCAGCAGCUGGAGCGGCAGCGAGAGCCCUGCCGAAGACAUUGAAAGAAUGAGCGAUUCUGCAGAUAAGCCUAUUGACAACGAUGCAGAAGGUGUCUGGAGCCCUGACAUAGAGCAGAGCUUUCAGGAGGCUCUAGCUAUCUAUCCACCAUGUGGGAGGAGGAAAAUCAUCUUAUCAGAUGAAGGCAAAAUGUAUGGUAGGAAUGAAUUGAUAGCCAGAUACAUCAAACUUAGAACAGGGAAGACACGGACCAGGAAGCAGGUGUCUAGUCACAUACAGGUCUUAGCAAGAAAGAAAGUUCGAGAAAUUCAAGCCGCCAUUAAGGUGUCUAGUCACAUUCAGGUUCUUGCCAGAAGGAAAUCUCGUGAUUUUCAUUCCAAGCUGAAGGUAACAAGCAUGGAUCAGACAGCAAAGGACAAAGCACUCCAGCACAUGGCAGCAAUGUCAUCAGCUCAGAUAGUCUCAGCUACUGCUAUUCACAACAAGCUGGGCCUGCCAGGAAUUCCCCGUCCUACAUUUCCUGGGGCACCUGGGUUUUGGCCUGGCAUGAUUCAAACGGGGCAGCCUGGAUCCUCGCAAGAUGUAAAGCCAUUCGUUCAGCAGGCCUACCCUAUACAGCCAUCAGUCACAGCUCCCAUUUCAGGAUUUGAGCCUACGUCAGCUCCAGCUCCGUCAGUCCCUGCAUGGCAGGGCCGAUCGAUUGGUACGACCAAGCUCAGGCUGGUGGAGUUUUCAGCUUUCCUUGAACAGCAGAGGGAUCCUGAAUCAUACAAUAAACACCUCUUCGUACACAUUGGACACGCAAACCAUUCUUACAGCGACCCACUGCUUGAAUCGGUGGACAUUCGUCAGAUUUAUGACAAAUUUCCUGAAAAGAAGGGUGGUCUAAAGGAGCUGUUUGGGAAGGGGCCCCAAAAUGCUUUCUUCCUCGUAAAAUUCUGGGCUGACUUAAACUGCAACAUUCAAGAUGAUACAGGAGCAUUUUAUGGAGUCACCAGUCAGUACGAGAGCUCAGAAAACAUGACAAUCACCUGUUCCACCAAAGUCUGCUCCUUCGGAAAGCAAGUAGUAGAAAAAGUAGAGACUGAAUAUGCAAGGUUUGAGAAUGGUCGAUUUGUGUACAGAAUAAAUCGCUCUCCAAUGUGUGAAUAUAUGAUCAACUUCAUACACAAGCUGAAGCAUCUACCAGAGAAAUACAUGAUGAACAGCGUGUUGGAAAAUUUUACGAUUUUAUUGGUUGUAACGAACAGGGAUACACAAGAAACCCUACUCUGCAUGGCUUGUGUAUUUGAAGUGUCAAACAGUGAACAUGGAGCACAGCAUCAUAUCUACAGGCUUGUAAAGGACUGAGCAGUUAUUUAUAUAUACAG